AUGGCCAGUCGCCCUGCUUUUCUCCCUCGCGACACCUCUCCCUCUCCCGCCGCCUCUGCCCACGCUGCUCCUUCUCCCUCCCGCAGACCCGAGCCUGAGCCUGAGCCUGAGCUGGAACCUGAGCGGGAGCCCGUCUCACGUCACACGGAGCAGUCUCAGAUGAAUGGCGUCGAAGCAACAGACGGGGACGAGAAGCGGCCUACUUCGCCGGAUGCCACAAUGGCCGAGUCCAAAGCUGCUUGUCCCGACGUGACCACCGCUACCACUACGACCACCACCUCUCCCAAACCUUCCUCCAAAGCUCCUGAGUUGCUGGCGACCAGAAGCCCACCUCCAAGCUCAAGUCUGCCGUCGGCCGACAAGCCAACUGAGGCGGAAUCAGCUCAUCGGAAACCCGAUCGUGACAAAGCUGAUCAGUCCCGUGAAUCUCUACCAACCUCCACAGAGACCCCCGUGAAGAGCUCGCGUCGCGUGCAGGCAGAAGACUCGAACACCCGUCGGAAUUCCGCCCCGCGGCCGCAGUCCGAGUCCCACACGGGCACCGAAAAUGCAACCACCACCGCCACCACCACCAGAAAGCAGACGAAUGGCACGAUCGGAUCCGUCUACUCUGGCAAUAAAAUCAGGCAUCUCAAGAAGGACGACGGCAUUCCACUCUGGCGGAAGGACAUUCAAUAUCGGUUUUUGAGAUGCGUGUUCGAGGACAAAACCCCCUGCUUUACUCGGUUCCCCGAGGGCGAUAAGAACCAUACCUUUGCCGAUAUCUAUCUAGAUGCUAUGGCGAAGAGUAGCAAAACGAGCAAGAUCCUCAAGGAUAAGCUUCAGAACGAGAGGUCGGCCGCCAUCAACAUGGCCAUGGUCUGCCUCCUAGUUAACUUCGGGAGAAUGAAUACUACACUGAACUUCUUCCCGGAGAUGCGUGCCCAGCUACGAACUUACCAUUCGAUCCCGUCCCUCCAGGCCCAUCAAGAUUCCAGUGCCUACAAGCAGCUACAGGACGCACCCCGUCUUAAAUCCAUCUUGAAGGGGGCAUCGGAGGAUGUUGAACAGCCAGGUACUAUCGAGAAAAUCAAGAACCAUGCAAUCCCUCGCACGAAUCCGGUCAACCUCAUCUUCGUUUUAUCCCAUUAUGCCCCCAGAAUAUCCGAGCUACACUUCCCACCGCCCGGGGAUUUCUUCGACUUGGUCAUGCGACCUACUCUGAGCAGCAAGAGCCGCGCUAGAGCCUUUUUAUGGCUGAUGUGGUACUACUUGGAGAGUGACUUCUCCGAGAAAGCCGCGUUGGAAAAUCCAUUUGGCCCUGGUACCGUCGGAGAAGGGAGUGAAGGGCUGCCGCUGAAGGUUCCCGAGAUGCAAGAGCUCACCGAAGAAGAGGCCGAGGCCGAGAAUGUGGACCCGCCCGAGGAAAUCCAGUAUGGCGAAAACAAGCAACGGGAGCGGAAGCGUAUCUUGGAGGAAGAUGACGUUAUUUUCCGACAUGUCAAACGCCCCAGGAAAGACUAUGCAAGCGAUGAUCAGGCUUCUGAGGACGUAGCCAUUAUGCCCAAUGUUUCGAGGGGAGGUAGGGGUGGUCGCCGUAGCGAUGUCUACGCGUCCACGCCGCUGAACCCAGCAAAAAGGGCUCUUGAGGACGAAGACCUUGGCGAAGGGCACACUCCACAGACCUCUAGGGCUCGUGUCAAACGGCCAAAGAGGGAUUCGUCUGUCAAUCGACCACCGGGCAGCCAGCCGCAGCGCCUGGUCCUGAAAACGAGGAUGGACCAGACCCCCGAUACCUCCUCCCCCGCACCCCCUGGCGCCGGACAUCCAAUUUUGAACCAGUACGUCUCCGGCGAUAUGCAUUCCAAUGGCCCCGCCGGCUCUCGACGUCCACGCCCAAUGACGCAGCACCAGAUAGCUCUCGAACAGAACCGGAAGCAACGCGUUGAUUAUGUUCUCGCUCAGCGCCGGAUGGAUGCGUGGAAUUCUCUCCGUACGCGUCGGGAGAAGGAAGUCCCGUUUGCUCGCGCAGGACGGCUGCUGCAAAGCUUGCCCACCGGCUACGACACGGACGACGAGAACUCCUGGGGGAAAGGCGGAAUAUGUCCGAAGCCGGAAGAGGAGGAAGACUAUGGAGAGGCGGCUAGCUUUUAUUUUUCGAUGAUCCGGAAAGUUGCUCGACGACUGCAACGAUGGGACUGGGACUCGGUGUUGUCGGACGAUAAAGACUACCCGGCGAACGGCUUGGGAGGCGAGUACAAUCGCCGUGCCGCUGUGGAACACCGCGAGCUUGAGGUGAUCAGCCAACCGAUGCCCAUUGCAAAUAAGCCCAGAAGCAGACCAGGUCCACGGCGGGAAAGGAAGGCUGUUGAGAAUGCGGCCGAUUUAUCCAAGGAAACUGGGCAGAUAAAGAAGCCCGCGGGUCGUGCGGGUGCAUCGGCUCUGAGGAAAUCCUCCGCGGAGAAGGCGGGCAGCAAGAGAAGCCGCCCGCGAGCACGGCUGUCGAAGGUCCUCGGCUCAAAGUCUGCGGCCACAGAGGAGCACGAUCAGGUGGAAACACCUGAGGCGUCUAUGAUUGCUGACCAGGACGACAAGGACACCGAGCGUGGUGAGGAUACUUUCCUUGAAGAGGCCGACAAGGACAUCCUGAGCGGCGAGAGUCCUCACGACACGCGAAGCCGUCUGGACGAUGCAAGCAGCAUUGGAGUUGCACCCGAACCCGCGCAGGGGGUUGAGGAUGAUACCGAAGAAUUGUCAGACGUGGACAUGGAAGUGUCUAAGCUUGCUGAGAGUGGGUACACCAGAGGUGACAGCUUGUCGCCGGAAGAUGGUAUGGAAGCUAGCCGGCUGGAUGAUGACGAGACCAUGCUGGAAGCCUGA